UGUGCUCAACUUUUGAAAUAUAAAUGCGGCUCCAGCGUUCCAAUAUGACACUAGUGGACUGGCGUUAGCGGACUCCGUCAUUUUCAAGUCUUUCCUCUGAAAUUUCUUCGAGAUGCAUUUCACUUUAUGGGUUGCCGGCUUGUUUUGCCUUGUUGGUUUGGUAUCAUCGAGAGUUGCGAGCUCUGAUGAAGAAAAUCGCCAGCCAAGCAUUUUUAUCGUUGGAGGAAUUCCAGCCCUCCCUGGCGAAUUUAGAGCAUUGGGUGCUAUGCGUUUCAGCAACGGCCGACUUAAUUGCGCUGGAACUUUAAUUACAUCUGUGCACGUCUUGACGGCUGCACAUUGUCUAUACGGAAUGAGUGCUACAACUAUUAGCUCGUUAAACAUGAUCUUCAACACGUUGACGGUGAGUGGCGGAAAUGGCUCCAUUGCUAGAAAUGUGAAUAGUGCCAUCCUUCAUGAAAAUUACGACGACAAUUCCUACGAAAAUGACAUUGCCGUGAUGAUAUUGAGUUCACCCAUCACAACCAUUGCCUUCACUAAACUUCCAACGGAUUCAGCAGUUUUGACCACAAGACCGACCACAAGACCAACCACAAGACCGACCACAAGACCAACCACAAGACCGACCACAAGACCGACCACAAGACCGACCACAAGACCAACCACAAGACCGACAACAAGACCGACCACAAGACCGACUGCAAGACCAACCACAAGACCAACCACCAGACGAACAACCACAAGACGACCAACCACGAGGAAACAAAAAGUACAGGCAAAAACAGAAGCCCUAGAUUCGAGAGCUUUCAGUAGCUACGCGAACGCCUCGGCCGUCGUUGCUGGAUGGGGAGCAACGUCUUCUGGUGGCAGCGGUUCAACCGUUUUAUUGAAAGCCAACGUGACCGUUCAAAGCAAUUCAGUUUGUUCUAGUCAAUACGGUAGUGAGUUCUUCCCCGUUGAGAUGUUGUGCGCCUCCGCUCCGGGUAAAGAUACCUGCCAGGGUGACAGCGGUGGUCCUCUUUACGUUGACGGUGUUCAAGUUGGCAUUACCAGCUGGGGCUACGGAUGUGCUGAUCCUGACUAUGCUGGAAUCUACACACGAGUCACGACGUAUGUUGACUGGAUCGCCAACACCUUGGCCAACAACCCGUCCUAGAUAUUUGCCGCUAUUCAAUCAACAAUCAAAAUCAAUACGACUUUGAAAUUCGUUUUCAUUGACUUUGGCGCGUGUAACGACAAUGUAUAACACCAUGACUCUGUUUGAUAGUGUUUUAUGAAACGGUAUUCGUCAUGGCUAUGAUUUUCUUUUAAGUUUUAUUUGGUUUGCAUUGGAUGGGGCAUAAUAAAAUGUAAUCAUUUAGCAGCAA